CCGACGUCAUUUUAUUUCCACUGCGAGCUGGAGUUCAUAUUCCCCGGACCUCAAAGUGAUUGAUUCGUAGUGUUCUUCGGGGAAUCAUUCUUCUACAACAGCUAAGAAGAACAUCUAUUGUAUCCCCUCCGGGUAUCCAAGUUACAUACUACACGUUGUACUCUACGUGCACGGAACAAAUCCCAGUCCGGACACUUAUAAUCCCUUUCGGAAUCCUGAAUCCUGCAAGAAAAGGACCAUCAUGGCAUCCCGACGCAGUGUCUGCGCGCUCCUAACAAACACACUGCGCUUGUCUACGAGGCAAAGUGCACAAGAGACACAGCCACUGCGACAGCUAGUCACAAGAAGAAGCUUGUCCUCUUUGCCUACUGCCCAUUUCAUGGUCCGUCUCCGUCAACCAAAGCGUCAUUUCACCACGACCUUGGUGGCUCGGAAACAAGACGAUUCGACUUCGACUUCGAACUCGAACUCGGGUUCGGCCUCGGCGGCCUCACCCUCCAAACUCUACACCUUUGAAGAAAUCAAAUCCAUCACCUCCAAACCGGACCCGAACCGCAUCCUCAUCGACGUGCGCGAGCCGCACGAGUUGAAGCAAACGGGCAAAAUCCCCGGAAGUCGGAACCUGCCCGUCCAGUCGGCGGCGGAUGCGUUUUUCUUGCCGGCCGAAGAGUUCGAGGAGCGCUUCGGGUUUGAGAAACCGGACGCGAACAACAAAGAGGUUAUUUUUUAUUGUAAGGCCGGUGUGAGGAGUCGGGCGGCGGCGCAGUUGGCGCAGAGAGCUGGGUGGGGUGGGAAGAUUGCCGAGUUCCCAGGGUCUUGGAUUGAGUGGGAGAAGAAUGGGGGGGAGAUUGAGAAAUUGAAUUGAUGUGUUCGUACGGAGGGGAGAGAAGUAGGUAGGUACCUAGUACAUAUUUUGUGCGGGUUUUGUGGUAGAGAACGGAGCAGAGUCGACAACAAGGGGGAAUGUGCUGUGCUAUACUACUUGAGACAAAAAUUGACUGCAUGUCAUCGUUCGUAUGGAGUGGUACACUAGCUGCUGUAAGUGAUGUGAUGCAGGUGUGACUUGUUGCGGCCGUGACUUGUAUUUGGAGAUUUUGGCUUGAUGGCAAAAGGAGCAGCAGACGGAAGGCGGGACGAUAGGACUUGGGAAAGAGGAGCCAUAUCGUCACCUUAAAUGUUGUCGUAGACUGCCAGUCGAAAGCGAUCACUUCUCACGCGUGCCUGGGCCGGGGCCGGAGCCGGACUGCCAUCUAAGAGUCAGCGUCAAGAUAUUCAGAAUACCAAGCGAUAUUAGACAUCCCAGGGUUGAAUCGUAGGUAUGCAAUUAAUUCUAUUAGAGGAGCACCUAUACUCCAGAGCUCGUGUGGGAAGUGGAAUAUUUACAUGUACAUAUCCAGCUCCAUUUCCGUAUUCGUUUGCUCAUCCUCAUCUUCGUCG